CUCCAUCUCAUUCCACAGCCAACCCACACAAGAACCCUAGACAACAAGCUAGCUUUCCUCACUCUCGAAUCUCGAUCAACAUGGCCAAGGCAAACCCCUCAUAUUACCAAACCACCGCUCCGGUUAGCGCACCGGUCCAGUACCAGGAACAUCUCUUCCACCUGUUCGUGCAUCAGCAGCUCGAAGCAACAAAUGGUGCUAACCAGCUCAUUACAGUGAACCCAAAGCUUCCCCAGGGGUUCGGUGUCACCGUUGCUACUGACUGGGACAUCCGCGAUGGUCCCGACACCACGGCAAAGGUUGUUGCGCGUGCACAAGGCCUGCAUCAAGGGUCCGGCAAGAGCAGCGGAGCCUGGUUUAUGUCGUUCAACACAGUGUUCACCGAUGAGAGGUUUAAGGGGUCCUCCCUCAGUGUGCAAGGGCAUUUGGUUUCUGACGAAGGUGAAUGGGUAGUCACGGGUGGGACUGGCGAGUUCGCUUUUGCACAAGGUGUGGUCACCUACAAGAAAAUCAAGGAAUUGGCAGGCGGAAACAUCAGAGAGCUUCGUUUCCAUGUUGUGUGCUUCAACUUCCCAAAGCCGAACACCCUUACAAAGGUUGGGCCGUGGGGUGGGAAUGGAGGGACACCAUUUGGGCCGUGGGGCGGGAAUGGAGGGAUACCAUUUGAAAUCACAGAGGCAGAGCAACCUCAGCGUCUAGAAAGUGUCACAAUUCAGAGUAACGAAGUUAUUGAUGCCAUUGCCUUCACCUACAUCGGUCAAGGCGGUGCAAGGCGGACUGUCGGUCCAUUUGGUGGUGGCGGCGGGGUCAAGCAGCCGAUCGUGCAGCUUGGUCCUUCAGAGACCGUGAAGGAAAUAUUUGGCACAACCGGCAACUUUCAAGGAUCGAAUGUUGUCACAUCACUUUCCAUUGUCACCAAUGUUAAGAUAUAUGGACCAUUCGGAAAACAAUCCAACGGUACUACUCCUUUCCGUACCACUGCGCCAGACAAGCACAGCAUUGUGGGCUUCUACGGCCGGUCUGGGCAAUUUGUUGAUCAGCUUGGAGCUUAUGUGCGCCCAACCCCAAAUUAGUAGAAGCAAGUGUUUCUUAAGAAAACUUGCUGCUUUACUCGUCAGCUUCUAGUGUUCCAGCAAUAAGAAGGGCGGCAUAUGUUGUCCUAAUCUCAUGUACUUGCUUUAAUUUUUAUCUUCUACGCCUUUGGCUAUCGGUAUCGGCUCAGUGUGGCCUGUGAAAUAAAGUUCUUAUUAAUAAGAGUGUUGAAUGUAAUCUUA